UUGGACAUCAAACGUUUCGUCUAUAUGAUAAUGUCAAGCCAUUCAUGGCUAUUGAUGGUAACGGUGGCGCUAUGCGUUACCGUUAUUUGUGCGGCAAGAACAUCGUUGCCUUUAACAGACAAUCCAGUAUUCAACACAAUUUCGUCAACAACUGAAAAUAGCAAACCAAAUGCACCAAUCAAAAAAUGGGCACCAGAUCCAAAAAUCCCCUUAGCCGAUGAUCCAAGAUACAACAAAAUGUUGCCGAUGAAACAUUUUGAUGCAAUCGAAAAGGAAGCUCUGGAAAUGCUCCGAAGCUCAACUGAUUCAUCCGAUUCAAACGCGAAAAAAGUGGUGGAUAUCAAAGAAAAUGCAAUCGAUAAAAAUGGAAAAUCCUUAUCUGAUGAUGAAUACGACGAUGAAUAUGAUUACACUAAUGAUGAUAUCGAUAACGACAGCGAUGAAAUUGUUUCCAUUACACCGAAACCUGUCACCGUAUCCACGACAAGGAAAGCAUCAAAAACUACCAAAAUUGUUGUGAAUACUUCAUCGAAGCCCGAAGUUGUUGCAACCGAGAAGGCAAAACCAAGCACACCCAAUCCGAAAUUGAAGUACAUCAGUGAUGUAGAUAGCGGUAUUGAUGAUGACUACAACGACAACGAUGAAGAUGAUGACGAUGAUGACGACGAUGAAGAUGAGGACACUGAUGAUCCAAUUACAUCCAACGAACCAGUCGUCUGUCCAAGAGACUGUAUUUGCUCACGCAAUAUGAAUGGAUUUAUGGUUGCAACCUGCAGUAGACUUGAUGCUGGCAUUCAGAACUUUUCGGCAGGUAUUACCGAUCUUGAGGUAGUGAAUGUAUCACCGCAAUAUCCAAUUGUUUUGGGUGCAAGUUUCUUUAAAUUAGUCGGUCUGGAGCACGUGUCAUCGAUAAAAAUCGUGAACUCGUUCAUUGCAAAUAUUCAUCCGAAAGCGUUCGAAGGACUUGUCGAAUUGUAUUCGGUGAAUUUGACCAAUUCGGGUAUCACCAUUUUGCAUCCGGACACCUUUGCUGAAAAUGCUAAAUUGCGUCUUCUAUCGCUGGAUGCCAAUGAUCUAAGCCAAAUGCAACAGAAUCAAGCUCCAUUCAACGAUUAUAUGCUAAAGGCUCCGUCCGUUGAGGAGCUUUCGUUGUCACGAUGCAAUCUCAAAAAACUGUUGCCGACCGCAUUCGAUCGCUUGGAAAAUACAAUCUUUAUCAAUUUGGCAAAUAAUGAUUUGCAAUCGCUGCCGCCAAAUCUUUUCGAUAAAGUAACGAACAUUGAAGAAUUAGACCUGUCUUCAAACAAAAUCUCCACUUUGCCCAAGAAUAUUUUCGCCAAAACAUCAUUGGCAAUUCUCAACUUGAAAUACAAUCAAAUCGAAUCGAAGUUGGACUUUGCCACAUCGGAAAUUCAAAAGCUUGACUUGAGCUACAACAACAUUUCGAAUGUUGGAAACAUGAUGUUCAAUGAAUUGACCGGUUUGACAACAUUGCUGCUUAAAGGCAACGGUAUCAAGAAAAUCCAUCAAACAUCAUUCUUCCCGCUGAAAAAUUUGCGCCAAAUCGAUUUGUCAUACAAUGAUUUGGAGCAAGUUUCAUCCACAUUGUUUUUGGUGAACAAAGAACUGGAUGUGAUCCGAUUGAAUGAUAAUUAUCGAUUGAAAUCGUUGCCAUUGGAAGGUUUCGCAUGCGAAUCCGGUAAAUUCAAUGUUUACUUGUUUGAUUUGCAAAACUGUGAUAUCAGCGAACUGGGAGAUGAUACAUUCAAGAAUAUGCCACGUAUGACGACCCUCAACUUGGCCUGGAACAAUAUUGAAACAUUGACCAGGGAAUUCUUCAAGAGUAUGACUAAAUUGAUCGAACUGAACUUGAGCAACAAUGUCAUCAGUGAACUCGAGAAUUUGACGUUCUUGAACAAUCGCAAUUUGAAAAAGUUGAAUCUGGCUGGAAAUCAAUUGCAAAAAAUAUCGCCACGCAUGUUCUUGCCGCUUAAGGAUCUGACUGAAUUAGAUUUAAGUAGCUGUGAUCUUGUUGAAAUCUGGUCAGAGCAAAUUUCGGCCAAUCUCCCAACAUCGACAGUCCUGAAGAAUUUGAAAUUGCUUAAUGUGUCCAACAACAACAUUAUUCAUGCCCGCCACUCGCAUUUCUCGUCCAUGGAAAAAUUGGAAGUGCUCGAUUUAAGCAACAAUCAUUUGCACUGCGACGAUGGAUUCAAGAAUCUUAUUCAGUGGCUUAAGGAUCGAAAGAUCAAAGCUGGCAAUAUUCACGCUGGAUUCAAUGCCGAAUUAACCGAAAAUGGGCAUGCAGUAGACUCAAGCGCCUCAUACUCGCUUGGCUGGGAAUCAUUCGCAACGAAUGUGUGCGCAGCCCAUCAAUCGACCAACGUUGAUAGCAAGGCAACAGCCAAAACGGACGAGUACGCCGAUGAAUCAGUCGACAACAGCGACUCAGAUGACGAAGACGAUGAAGAAGAGGAUGAUACAGACGAAUCAACUCAAGCGACCAAGGAAUCUGCAUCGGUCAACACAGAGGCCGAGGAUUUGGACAGUGAUGAGGAGGAAUAUGACGAUGAUAAUGACAAUGACAAUGAAAUUGAAAUCAACAGCGGAAACGAAUUGCGUGACAAAGACAAGAUCAUUGCCGAAGAAAUCGAUGGUCUCAAUGACCGUAUCAUUGAUCUUGAAGGUGACGAGUUGAGUGGUCAUGGAAAAUUAUUGGCAGUAGCUGUUAUGGUUACAACAUCAGUAUUGGCCGUUAUCUUAUUGGCAACGCGCAUCGUAUCAAUAUUUAGGCACCGCCGUGGCGAGAGAUACCGCCAAGCUUUGCUUGCAUCAAAGAAUUCGAUCAUCUAUCAAAAACUCUCUGAAGAAAUCAAUGCACCACAAACACCAAAGAUUCAUCGAUAUGCUCCGAUCAAUCAAGUCUAAGAAAGAGCAAAUGCUGCCUUCUUCAUUGUUUUGUAGCAGCAGUAGCAGCAGUAGCAGCAGCGGCAUCAACAACAGCAGCAAUAGCAUAAAUUUACAAAUAUCCGAACAAAAUAGCAAAUGAAAAGUGAAAAAGAAAACAUUUCCGUACUCACGAUAGCUUUCUCAACAAGUUCAAAAACUUCUCUUUUUUGUCCAAAUGUAGGAGUUUCGAAAUUUACGAUGGCCCAACUCACUACAUAUAGUAUAGUACAUGAAAAAAUGUUGUACUUACAUCACAGGAUUUUUUUUUAAUGGUUGAUGCACAGAAUAUUCCUAUACUCGUGGCCAUCGUUCCAAAGUCAUUCCGAUCAUACAAUAAAUCAAUAUCAUGCGGUUGACUUACGUUACUAUAAUUAUUGAAGAUUUAUCAAUUUGUAUUUGAAAUUAGUCAAUUAUUUCAUUUUUUUUUAUUUAAUUCAAAACUAUAUCGUUUUUAAUUCCAGUAUAAAAAGCCAUAAUUUCUAAUAGAUGUACUUAAUGAAUUAAGAUAGAAAAAAAAACUUUUACUGGAUUUUCAAUAGCAUGUGUUAAUUUAAGAUCUUCUUCGACAGUUAAAAACAUUCCAAAUUGCAUUUAAUUUCGAAAGUGAAUAUAAUCCAAAAUGGGAAAGAAAAACAACUUUGGUUUGGACAACAAAAUCAGCCAUCUUAAUGUUUAAUGUUUUUUUUAAAGAAUAAGAAAUAAAACGAAACAAAACAAUACAAA